AUGGAGUCGGUUUUUGAAAGCGUCGUUCCCGGCUACUUGAAGAGCGAAAGCACCAACGAAUGCUCAAUCCUGAUUUCUGAGAGUUGCUACGACUGGAUGAUUUUACCAGUGAUGGGAGUCGUUUUCCUCCUUUGCUGCUUGACACUGUAUUGGGUCUGCGAAUUCUGCCGUAAACGAAAGCCCCAGUCGGAGGACAAAAAGAAACUCGUUUGGGAAGAAGACCUCGAGUACGGAAGCUGCGAGUGCGAAAGUGAAACUGACGAUGACUGCUUUGGAAGUGCAGACUUUGAAUCUGCUGCCUGA